UCUCUGCAAUAGGAAACAAUGCUUUCUGGAUUCCUACAAGUGCUGCUGCCUGUAACAUGGGAUUUCUGACCGAGGAUCCUCCAGCUACAGUAUGGGAAUCCCCAAAGGCAGCUCCUGGGGUCUGAUUGCUUCUUGUAUCUGUGGCUGGGAGCUGUGACAGAUUCAGAUAAGGGUCAUCUGUGUGAUACAUCUGCAGAGGACAAGUCACUUUAUUUUUUGAGAAGGGAAGGACAUGACCGACCUUGUGAUUUAAUAGGAAAUCAAUAUAUUGUUGCACAUAAAUAGGACAAUCUCAGGUGGGAUCUGGGCAGAUGGCAAUGUCCUUAUGUGACUGCAGGAUCUGAUAGAAGGACACUGUGCACUAAGGGCUGAUCUUCUGCAUGUUGGUCUGUGACCUGGACCAGCCUGACCCAUCCCUGUGUACCUCACUGUAUUCUACAAACAAGUUACAGAUCUGAAUGGGAGGAGUACGGAAGAAGGGACCUGUGGUGGAGCAGAAGUCAUCGGCGUGGCACUGUGAAGAAGGGGUUAAUUGUACUCUCCGCCCUUAAACAGGCUGAACUCUAAGAGCCAAACCCACCUGUCGUGGUUCUGAGUGAGAUGGAGUUGGUGGGACCCUAUAAAGUGCCCAAAAAAAAGCCUGGUGGCUGACACUCACUCACCAGAACCCAGGAAAGGGACUUGUCCAGCAGAAGAUAAUGGCUCAUUCAUGGGGAUAUGGUCCUGACAAUGGACCAAGGACCUGGUACCAUUCCUUCCCCAUAGCUCAUCAUGAUCACCAGUCUCCUAUCAAUAUAGAAACCAGUCAAGCAAAGUACGACCAAUCUCUUCAACCAUUGAGCGUUAGCUAUGAGCCAUCAACCUCACAAGUAAUCUUAAACAAUGGCCAUUCCUUCAACGUAGAGUUUGAUGACUCUGAAGACAAAUCAGUUGUUAGAGGCGGAGCCCUGGAAGGAACCUACAGAUUGAAGCAGUUCCACAUUCACUGGGGAUCAUGUGAUGGCCAUGGUUCCGAGCACACUGUGAAUGGAGACAAAUACGAGGCAGAGCUCCAUCUGGUGCACUGGAACACACAAUACGGCAGUUUUGCUGAAGCUGUGAAACACUGCAAUGGGCUUGGGGUAAUUGGUGUUUUUCUAAAGGUGGGUGAAGCCAACCAUGCGCUGCAGCCAGUGAUUGAUGCCUUAGCAUUAAUUCCAACAAAGGGGAAAGAGGCUCCUUUCCUUAAAUAUGAUCCUUCAGGUCUGCUCCCAAGUUCUUUGGAUUUCUGGAACUAUCAGGGAUCUCUGACCACUCCACCGCUCCUGGAGUGUAUCGUCUGGCACGUUCUUAAAGAGCCAAUUAGUGUGAGCAAGGAUCAGUUGUCAAAGCUCCGUGGCCUUUACUUCAAUGAUGAAAAUGAAAGCCCCUGCCACAUGGUGAACAACUUUCGUCCACCGCAGCCAUUGAAGGGGCGUGUCAUUAGAGCCUCAUUCCAUUAGGAUCAGAAUCACCCAUAUGUGCUGUGAUCAAGCUUGGAAUCCACACGCUAUUGUUUAAUUAUCUAUUGCUGUGUGCACAGUGGAAGCUUUUUCUCCCAUCUAUGCUGAAUCUCUAAUCCCCUCACGAGUAUUAGGAUCUGAUUAAUGAAAUGUGAAAGUCGGCUGUUGUAGACAGAUCAUUAAUAAAUGUGAGUUGUUGCUUACAGAACAUAGCCACUACUGAUUCUCUUCCAUAAAUAAUGCUGCAUCCAUAUAAAGAGAACUGGGGACUACUUCCCCUAUUUUAUUUUCUAGAAUUAUGUCUUAAAGAAUAAACUUGAAGUCCAUGCACUGCUAUGUGUUACAUAAUGUGAACUGAUGUGUGUUGUAAUUGUUCCAGAGAUUUAAGAAAUAUUGAUUUUAAUAGAAAUGUAAAUCUUUUAAUAUAUAUAUAUAUAUAUAACAAAAUAUAUAUGUAGCUAUAUAUAUGAAAAAGUCUUUCUGGUGCUUAUUUUUGUUAAGUUUGAAAACAGAAUAUAAAGAAAUAGGAAAUUAUAA